CAACAGGCAGAUAACAUUUAUUUGCGUAUAUAAAACUCCACAAAACUAAUGAUUUCUACUCAGUUUCAUUAAUCUUCUAUGCAAUAACUAUUAGUGAACAAAAUUUACAAAACAAAUUAAAAAAAAUGAAUAUUCUAUUAAUAUUUGGAAUAAUAUGUUCAAUUCUAGUAGAAUUUAUUAAUGCCGGUUCAGUUUUCGGGAAAACAUUUAAAAUUUUGCAUAAUGAACCUCCACCACCUAAAUCAUUAGGUCGUCAUUUAAUUCUAAAUUCUGUUAUAGAACAAAAAGUGGAUAAUUUUGAUCCAAAUAAUAACGCAACAUGGCUAAUGAGAUACAAAGGGAAUCCCGAACAUCAUAAAUCUGGUGGCCCAAUUUUUAUAUUCUUAGGAGGAGAAUGGAGUAUAUCUGAUGGUUUCAUUACUGCUGGUCAUUUUUAUGAUAUGGCAGCCGAAAAUAAUGCGUACCUAUUUUACACAGAACAUAGAUAUUAUGGUAAAAGUUUUCCAACAAGUGAUUUGAGAACCGAAAAUUUGAAAUAUUUGACUGUUGGCCAAGCUUUAGCCGAUUUAGCUUAUUUUAUUAAAGUUCAAAAACAAAAGCCACAAUUUAAAGAAUCAAAAAUUGUAAUAGCUGGUGGAUCGUAUUCAGCUACAAUGGUUACAUGGUUCCGACAAAAAUAUCCUGAAUUAUCUGUUGGAGGUUGGAGUUCAAGUGCACCAUUAUUUGCAAAAGUUGAUUUUAUAGAAUACCACGAAGUGACGGGAAAAGCAAUUAAAUUAGUUGGAGGAGAAAAUUGUUAUAACAGAAUUGAAAAAGGUGUAAAGGAAUUUGAAAUUAUGAUGGACACCAAACGAUAUGAAGAAUUGAAAACCUUAUUUAAUAUUUGUGAUAAUUUUAAUUCAAAUGAUAAAUAUGAUGUUAUGUCAUUAUUCACUUCAAUUUCUCAAAUCGGAGCUGCUUUAGUUCAAGGACAUAAUAAAGGUAGUAUUGAACGAGAUUGUGGUGUUAUUUUAAGUGGAGAAACAGAUGUUGAAGGUAUUGCAAAGUGGAUUAAUUCAUAUCUUGGAGGAGGUUGUAAUGAUUUUACAUAUAAAACAUCUGUUAAAGAUCUCAGUUAUACAGAACUUUCUUCAAAUAUUUACCGUCAAUGGAUAUACCAAACAUGUAAUGAAUUUGGUUGGUAUCAAACAUCUGGUUCAACUAAUCAACCAUUUGGUAAAACAUUCCCUGUCGAUUUAAGUGAAAAAUGGUGUGAAGAUGUUUAUGGAAUUACAAAAGAUCAAUUACACAAAAAUAUAGCAAACACAAAUGAAAUGUAUGGAGGAUGGCAACCAAAUGUGACAAAUGUGUUCUUUACUCAUGGGCAAUUAGAUCCAUGGCAUCCAAUGGGUGUUCAUGUUAAUGAAGAUGGUGAAAAUAAUAUAAUACCUUUAUACGCACACUGCAAAGAUUUUGGUUCAAUUCAAGAUUCCGAUACUGAAGAAAUGAAAAACUCAAAAGAGAAAUUGAGUAAACUUGUAAAAAAAUGGCUGAGUGACAAAUAGAUAUUUUUACAAUAAAAAUUAUUGUGUUAGAAAAAGCAUAAAAUUUUGUUAUUGAGUUUAAUACCGUAAAUGUUAUGGAUUCCACAAUGUGGAAUUCGUAAUUUUAUGUAAACACAGAAAUAAU